AUGAAUAAUCGGCGCCAACCCCCGAGGUUUAACCGAAACGGCACGUCGUCGACCGUCAUGCCGAACCAUAACCCAAUCCCCCGCCCCACCAUAAGCAUCGUUGACCACUACCUCCCAAACGACUCUCACAACCUCUACGACGUCACAUUCUACUCCGACACCAUCCACACCCUCCUCACCUCCGAACCCUCCCUGGUCGAUUCUUGGAUCUCCGACAUCCUCCGCAUCCAUCGCCGCCGCCUCCGUCACCUGAUCGUGGGGCUGGACGUGGAGUGGCGCCCCAACACCCAGCGCAACAUGCAGAACCCGGUGGCCACGCUCCAACUCUGCGUGGGGCGUCGCUGCCUGGUGUUUCAGAUUCUCUUCGCGCAGUUCAUGCCGGAAUCCCUAAUCUCCUUUCUGGGCGACCGUAACCUCACCUUCGUUGGGGUUGGCAUUGAAGAAGACGUGGAGAAACUUCUAGAAGACUAUUCCCUGCUCGUGGCUAACUUUGUUGACCUUCGGUCUCUGGCUGCGGAGAAGCUUGGUGAGCAAGAGUUGAAUCGGGCUGGGGUUAAGACAUUGGGCCUGCGCGUUCUUGGAAGAGAGGUUCAUAAGCCUCAAUGGAUCACGCGGAGUAGGUGGGAUAAUCGCUGGCUCACUGCGGAACAGGUACAGUAUGCCGCUCUUGAUGCCUUUGUCUCCUUUGAGGUUGGUCGCCGUUUGAGUUCCCUUAACAAUGAUAACAUUGCUAAUGCCUCUCCUUUGCCAUCUUAG